AUGAGUGCUUUGUCUAAGAAGAGUGAAGAAUUUCGGAAGAAGAGAGAUGGGUUGGUUAAGAAAGAGUCGUUAACUGAUUCCACUGCUGAGUCAAGAGAAAGCAGUUUCAGUGGAUCAAAUUCAAUUUCCUCAUGUUCAUCAAAUGAAGAAGCAAAAGCAGCAAAAGGGUCUUCUUCUCCAUCUCCACCUGCUCCUCCUCUUGGAUGGCCUAUUCUGAAAGCUGCAGUUUCCAAGUGUGGGAAAUCUGAUGAAAAAGAUAAUGAUCAAGAACAUCAUUUGGAUGACACAAAAUUUAGUAGUAUUGGUUCAAAAGUGUCAGAUGCUGAAAUGAUGAAGGAAAGGUUUGCAAAAUUGUUGCUUGGUGAAGACAUGUCAGGUUCUGGGAAAGGGGUUUGUACUGCUUUGGCCAUCUCAAAUGCUAUCACUAAUCUGUGCGCCACUGUGUUUGGACAAUUAUGGAGAUUAGAACCUCUACCUUCUGAAAAGAAAGCUAUGUGGAGAAGAGAGAUGGAAUGGCUUGUUAGUGUUAGUGAUCACAUUGUUGAACUAAUACCUUCUUGGCAAACAUUCCCUGAUGGAAGCAAGCUAGAGGUAAUGACUUGCAGGCCAAGGACAGAUAUUUUUAUCAAUGUUCCAGCGCUUAGGAAACUUGAUAACAUGCUUCUCGACAUAUUGGAUGGUUUCACCUCCACUGAGUUCUGGUAUGUUGACCAAGGAAUUGUAGCCCCGGAAGCCGAUGGAACGGCCUCAUUUCGCAAGACGAUUCAACGGCAAGACGAGAAGUGGUGGCUCCCCGUGCCCCGUGUCCCCCCUGCAGGUCUUGGCGAAAACUCAAGAAAACAAUUGAAUCACUCAAGAGAAUGUGCAAACCAAAUUCUAAAAGCAGCCAUGUCCAUAAACAGCAUUGCUUUGGCUGAUAUGGAAGUUCCAGAAUCAUAUUUGGAAUUGCUUCCUAAGAAUGGAAGGACAUGCUUGGGGGAUUUCAUUUACCGUUACAUCACAUCAGAUCAAUUCUCUGCUGAGUGCUUGCUAGAUUGCUUAGACCUCUCCUCUGAGCAUGUUGCACUAGAGAUUGCUAACCGCGUUGAGGCGGCGAUCUAUGUGUGGCGCCGGAGAGCUCACCCGAGACCCUCACCUAAUCCGAACCGUUCAACUACAAAGUCCUCUUGGGAGAUUGUUAAGGACUUAAUGGUAGAUGGAGACAAGAGAGAAGUGCUAGCAGACAGAGCUGAAAGCAUUCUAAAUUCCUUGAAGCAGCGAUUCCCCGGCUUAACUCAAACUACCCUUGAUACCAGCAAGAUCCAAUGCAACAAGGAUGUUGGAAAAUCCAUAUUGGAGAGCUACUCAAGAGUGUUGGAGAGCAUGGCUUUCAACAUUGUAGCACGUAUUGAUGACUUGCUAUAUGUGGAUGACCUGACCAAACACUCGGAUAGGUUUCCAUUGGUUCCUAGUAGCACGGUUAAUGUGGUGUCUCAGCAAAAGGUUUCGCGUCCGUUCUCGGUGUCUCUCUCUGGCACUCCACACAAAGCAGGAAUCGGCACACCUAGCUUUUCUCCGGCGCCAUUGAUUAGUCCUGCAAGAGGGGAGAGAACUCCUUUCCUCCGCAACAACAACAAUAACAUCAUGAAACCACAUAGGCGGGGAUUUGGGGUCAGAAGAGUCUUGUCAAAUUAUCUUGGAGUAGAGACAAAGGCAAAGAUAUGUAGCAAUUCUACAGAGGUUAAUUCUUCAAAUCUGAAUAACAAGAAGAAUGAACAACAACAACAAGCAGCUCAGACCAUAAAGAACAAGACAAAGUGA